CUCCACGAGGAGUCCAAGAAGUGCGCUACAUUGCUAAACCCGCCCACGGUCCUGCUGACUGACGCCUGACAGGUACUUUGAGGCUAUCAAUGGUGCGCACAGCCACGCCUACACUCCUCCAGCCACGUCUAACACAAGCCCGCAGGCAUGCUCACACAUCAGAUCGAAUUCUCAAAAGCCAUCGCCGAAAUAUACAAGCCCAUCUCCGGGCGAAUGUCUGACCCCACGUCGUUCCACGAUGAGGGAAACACCGCUGGUAUCGAGGCCUGCGACCAGUACCAGGAGGUUGUUUCGGAACUGCAAGAAACACUCGGCCCCGAGCUGGAGAUGAUAGAAGCUCGCGUCAUCUCGCCUGCGAACCAGCUCCUCGACAUCAUCAAGGCGGUUCGAAAGCUGGGCGCCAAGCGUGACCACAAGCAGCUCGACUACGACCGGCACCGGGCGACUCUCAAGAAGCUGCAGGAUAAGAAGGACAAGACUUUGAAGGACGAAAAGGCCAUGUACCGCGCCGAGGCCGAUUGCGAACAGGCCACACAGGACUACAACUACUUCAACGACCUGCUCAAGGACGAGCUGCCCAAGCUGUUCGCGCUGGAGAGAGAGUUCAUCCAACCCCUCUUCCAGUCGUUCUACUACAUGCAGCUGAACGUCUUCUACACAUUGCACGAGCGCAUGCAACGGCUUGACAUUGGCUACUUCGAUCUGGAAUUGGACAUUGAGGCAGCCUACGAGAAGAAGCGCGGAGACGUUCAGGCAGAGGCAGAGAAACUGUCGGUCGUCAAAUACAAGACGACGGGUGGACGCACGGGUCCCGGAGCGCGACCAGGCGUUUCCAAAUACGCAACAAAAGCACAAGAGGCAAAGGCAGGCCGCGCAUCCGUCUCUGAAGAGGCGCCGCCGCCACCAUACAGCCCUGGCUCGUCUGGCGCGAUUGGCGACGUCAAAUCACCAACAUUCUCCCAAGGCUCGUGGGGUUCCGCAGCAAAGGCGAAGGGCGCCGCACCGCCGCCACCAAAGCCCAAGCCCUCCCGCCUCAGCGGCAUGCCCGCAGCGGAGACGUGUACAGCCCUAUUCGACUUCGAGGCCCAGUCUGAAGGCGACCUAAGCUUCCUGGCCGGCGACACCAUCGAGAUUAUCACGAGGACACAAAACGAGAACGAGUGGUGGACUGGCAAGGUCCGGGGCAAGCAGGGGCAGUUCCCAGGCAAUUACGUGAAGCUGAAUUAGGCGUUCCAACGGCGGGACUCGGUCAUGUCGAGAUGAAGAUGCCUUUUGUUACUGUUGGUGGCUGUCGAUUAGACCUGCAUGUGCAUUCUGCUAGACACUGCAUUGCUUACACUUCAGACUAAAUAUUAAUACUCCCCCACCACUUCUCAGUCCUCCGGAUGUUCACAUAACAUCGUCUCGCACGCCACUGCUCCCAGCUUCAGCCACACCUCGGUCCAUCUCCAU